UUCAUAAACAGCUAGUCAACCACCUCGGUAGCUUGCUAGCCAACAUAGCCGAAAGAUUCAAGGUAUUUAUACGCUUUCGGUAUAUAUUACCUACUGUGUUUUAGACACACUUCUGUCGUAUCUACUUGUGAACCUAUUUAGUUUAAUAUUUACGUUGUUUUUUUAUUAGUCAGCUAUAGUAGCUGGCUGGUUAAGUUAGCACUAGCCUAGUCGCUAAUGAUAGCUAACUAGCCAAUAUCCCCGAACAUGAGCUCCCUAAACUACUCCCCUCCUGUUAAAGAAGAGGAUGUCUGCUGGGCGGAGAAAGACGCUCUGGGGCUGAACAUUGUCGUGAAAGAGGAGAAGGAUGAGGAGGAGGAGGUCACAGUAAAACAAGAAGUAGAGGGUGAUGCUGUGAAAGAUGAAGAGAAAGACGAGGUCAGAGUGAAAGAGGAGGAGGAAGACAAAGAGGAUAAUGCCGUUUUUGGAGUGAAGAAGGAAGGGGAGAUUACUGUCACAUUGAAAGAUGAAGAUGAAGAGGAGGAGAUAGGAGAUCUGAUUAACACCAGAGAGAGAUGUGACUAUCCUGGGUCCUCUGGGGAGCCUCAACAACAUCAUGAUGCUGACGAGGCAGAGCAGAGUCUCUCUACAUCAGAACACCUCAAGAAACACCAGCAGAGACCCACUGGGAAGAAAUCUAUUUGCUGCUCUGACUGUGGGAAAUGUUGCAAAUCUUCAUCAGAUCUUAAAAUACACCAGCGAGUACACACAGGAAAGAAAUCUCACAACUGUUUUAAUUGUGGGAAGAGUUACUUAAGAUUAAAAUCACUAAAGGUACACAUGAGAAUUCACACUGGAGAGAAACCUUAUAGCUGUGAUCAAUGUGGGAAGAGUUUUACUAUAUCUACCUAUCUGACGAUACAUCAGAGAACACAUACAGGAGAGAAACCUUAUAGCUGUACUCAAUGUGGGAAGAGUUUUACUCAGUCAUGCAACCUGUUAUCACACCAGAGAAAACACACAGGAGAGAAAUCUUAUAGCUGUAAUCAAUGUGGGAAGAGUUUUACUCAGUCAAGCACCCUGGUAUCACACAAGAGAACACAUACAGGAGAGAAACCUUAUAGCUGUGAUCAAUGUGGGAAGAGUUUUACUACAUCUAGCCAUCUGAUUGUACACCAGAGAACACACACAGGAAAGAAACCUUAUAGCUGUACUCAAUGUGGGAAGAGUUUUACUCACUUAGGCAGCCUGUUAUCACACCAGAGAAAACACACAGGAGAGAAAUCGUAUAGCUGUAAUCAAUGUGGGAAGAGUUUUAAUCAGUCAAGCAACCUGGUAUCACACCAGAGAACACACACAGGAGAGAAACCUUAUAGCUGUGAUCAAUGUGGGAAGAGUUUUACUAAAUCUAGCAGUCUUAUUGUACACCAGAGAACACACACAGGAGAGAAACCUCAUAGCUGUGAUCAAUGUGGGAAGAGUUUUGUUACAUCUAGCCGUCUUAUUGUACACCAGAGGACACAUACAGGAGAGAAACCUCAUAGUUGUGGUCAAUGUGACAAGAGCUACUCUGAUAAAAGAUCUCUGAUCAAACAUCAGAAAAUACACACUUGAAGUAGUUGUUUCAUGAUAUCAAUGAAUUAAUGUCCCAAUGUAGAACCCUAACUUUUUGACCCCUGUUCCAUUGAUUUCAGUGUGAUAUGGAUAUGAGCUUCAUCAGUAGAAACAUCUUUGUACUUUGCUCCGUUCAUCUUUCCCUCGAUCCUGACUAGUCUCCCAGUCCUUGCCACUGAAAACAUCCCCACAGCAUGAUGUUGCCACCACCAUGCUUCACCGUAGGGAUGGUGCCUGGUUUCCUCCAGACGUGAUGCUUGGCAUUCAGGCCAAAGAGUUCAAUCUUGGUUUCAUCAGACCAGACAAUCUUGUUUAUCAUCGUCAGAGUUCUUUAGGUGCCUUUUGGCAAACUCCAAGUGGGCUGUCAUGUGCCUUUUACUGAGGAGUGACUUCCAUCUGGCCACUCUAUCAUAAAGGCCUGAUUGUUGGAGUGCUGCAGAGAUGGUUGUUCUUCUGGAAGGUUCUCCCAUCUCCACAGAGGAACUCUGGAGCUCUGUCAGAGUGACCAGAGGGUUCUCGGUCACGUCCUUGAACAAGGCGCUUCUCCCCUGAUUGCUCUGUUUGAAGAGUCUUGGUGGUUCCAAACAUCUUCCAUUUAAGAAUGAUGGAGGCCACUGUGUUCUUGGGGACCUUCAAUACUGCAGACAUUUUUUGGUACCCUUCCCCAGAUCUGUGCCUCGACACAAUCCUGUCUCAGAGCUCUACGGACAAUUCCUUCAACCUCAUGGCUUGGUUUUUGUUCUGACAUGCACUGUCAACUGUGGGACCUUAUAUAGACAGGUGUGUGCCCAAAUCAUGUCCAAUCAAUUGAAUUUACCACAGGUGGACCUCAAUCAAGUUGUAGAAACAUCUCAAGGAUGAUCAAUGGAAACAAGAUGCACCUGAGCUCAAUUUCGAGUCUCAUAGCAAAGGGUCUGAAUACUUAUGUAAAUAAGGUAUGUCUGUUUUUUGCUUUGUCAUUAUGGGGUAUUGUGUGUAGAUAAAUGAGGAACACAAUAUUAUUUAAUACAUUUUAGAAUAAGGCUGUAAUGUAACAAAAUGUGUAAAAAAGUCAAGGGGUCUGAAUAGUUUCUAAAUGCUCUGAAUAUGCUGUUGGUUUACUGUUAGAAUAAGUUGUAUGACUACACCAAUACUGUUAAAGCAACGAUGCAUAGACCUAGAAAAUGCAUGGCCAACCUUGCUGCUAGAGAUCUAGCUACUGGGUGUGUAGGUUUAUUUUCCAACCCUGCACUAACACCUGACAUUGUGCUGAUUAUUUGGAUUAGACACUAUUCAACUAUUCAAUCAUGUCUUGUUUUGGAGUCAGAUGGAUGUCUAAACCCACUGCCCAUUUCCACAGGUGUUCUUUAUGAUAUGAAAUAAAGUAUUGAUUCUUUGAAUGAA